CUCUCGCCGCCCCUGUGCGAGCCUGUCAGGCGAACAAAGGGGCUGAGCGCGGCCGCCCGGCCCCCUCCGCCAGCCCGGCCCCUGCGCUUCAGCCAUUUGCGUUCGCCCGGCAUCGUACCGCCGCUUUCCCUCCCGCCUCCCCCCCUCCUCCCUCCCCGCUUCUCCUUCCCGGCUUCCCCCGCCAGCUCUCGCCCCGGUGGGCAGAGGAGGGAGCUUCCCCAGAGCGGCGCGGGGCCCGCCGGCCGGCGCCGAAAGGUAAGCCCCAGCCUGCCCGCCGUGCCGUGCCGAGCCGAGCCGAGCCGUGCCGAGCCGAGCCGAGCCGAGCCGAGCCGAGCCGUGCCGAGCCGAGCCGUGCCGGGAGCGGAGCGGCGGGCCGGGGGGAUGGUUCGGGCACGUCCCGCCGCCGCGGAGCCUCCGGGGAGGAUUGGUGCGGAUCGCUGAGAGGGAAUGGACGUGAGGAGCAGUGAUAAUGAAGAAGCCUUCGCGAAGGUCAUGUAAUGCAAAACUUGGCUAGUGGGGAAUCUCCUUCCAGAACAGAUUGCAACCACUACCUUCCGCUGAAAUAGUUGCACAAGGUGAUGGCCGCGCCGCUGCGACCGGGAGCCCUCCGCGGGGGCGCAGCGCGGCGCCGGCGCAGCUAGCGCGGCUCCAUGGAGGGCAGCGGCGCGGCGGCGGGGGAGGAGAGCGGGGCCGGGCGGGCCGGGCAGGCCGACCUCCCCCCCCCGCCGCCGCCGCCGCCGCCGCCGCCGCCGCCCACCCCGGCCGCCCCCUGCGGCUUCAGCUCCUCCCUCUGCUUCAGCGCCGCCGCCGCCGAGCCGCAGCCGCCCGCUGCCGGCGGCCGGGUGGUGGAGAGCCAGUGGGAGAUCAACAACGCCGCCUGCCAGCCGGAGGACGAGGAGGAAGGGGAGACGGUGGGGCCGCGGGGGCGGCCGGCGGAGGAGCCCGACUUGGUGAUCGAGGUGUCGGGGCGUCGCAUCCGGGCGCACAAGUCGGUGCUGGCGGCCAAGAGCGACUACUUUCGCGCCCGCGCCUCGCGGGACGUCCUGCGGGUGAAAGGGGUGAGCUACGGGGCGCUGCGGCUGCUCAUCGACUACGUGUACACGGCCCGCAUGGGCGAGGUGCGGCACGACAACCUGGCCGAGGUGGUGAGCGGCGCCCGCGUCCUCCAGAUGCCUUGCGCCCUGCACUGCGCCGCCGAGGCCAUGCGCGCCCAGCUCCGCCUCGACAACUGCUACCAGCUCCUCUGCCUGGCCAAGAAGCAGCGGCUGGCGGAGCUGCGCGAGGCUGCCUACCGCUUCAUGAGCGACCACUACCUGGAGGUGCUGCGGGAGCCCGGCGUCUACGGCCGCCUCAGCGGCACCGAGCGGGACCUCAUCCUGCAGCGGCGCAUGGAGGCCGGCCGGCCCUGCUUGCUGGUGGCCGAGGUCAGCGAUGCCUUCGAGCGGCCCGGUGGCGGCAGCCGGCCCCAGAGCCGCGAGAGCAGCCGGCCGCAGAGCCCUUCCUCUGUGGUGUCACUGGAGGAGAGCGGCUCCCUCGUCCACUGCUACCAGGAGGCCAGCGGCGAGUGGAGGGUGCUGACGCGCCUGCCCGAGGAGGCCAAUGCCAAGGGCUGCGCCAUGUGCGUCCUCCACAACUACCUCUUCCUAGCCGGGGGCAUCGCAGCGGGGCCAGUGGGCGGGGAGCCCCGGGCCCGCCUUUCCGACAAGGUCUUCUGCUACAACCCCCUCACCGACACCUGGAGCCAGGUGAGGCCGCUGGCUCAGCCCCGCUCGCAGCUCAAGCUGCUGGCCCUGGAUGGUUACCUCUACGCCGUUGGGGGCGAGUGCCUCUUCACCGUGGAGAGGUACGACCCACGGGCUGACCGCUGGAGCCCUGUGGCACCCCUGCCCAAGGGUGCCUUCGCAGUGGCUCAUGAGGCCACCACCUGCAACGGGGAGAUCUAUGUGUCGGGAGGCUCCCUCUUCUACCGCCUGCUCAAGUAUGACCCCAAGCGCGACGAGUGGCAGGAGUGCCCUUACAACAGCAGCCGCCGGCGCUCUGCUGACAUGGUGGCCUUCAAGAGCUUCAUCUACCGCUUCGACGUGAGCAGCGGCCGCGGUGGGGAGCAGGGCCCGGGCGGUGGGACUGCCGGCGGUGGUGGUGUGGAAGUGUUCCGGUACAACACGGUGGCCAAGCGCUGGAGCCAGUGUGCCAGCCUGCGGCCCGGCGGUGGCCCCGUCCAGCCCUUCCGCUGCGCUCCCUUGGGCAACACCAUCUACUGCGUCAACCGGACCGGCACCCUCCGCUUCAGCCUAGCCCAGGACGGCGAGGUGGAAGCAGAUGGCGGGCUCAAGGGCACCUUCGAUGGAGAGCUUCUUAAAGCUCCCUUGGAUGCCAAGGGUGUCCUCCUGCCCUUCGUGCUCACUCUGCCUGAGAGGCUGGACAAAGCCGGGGACCAGGAGGGCUCCCUCCCGCUGUGAGGUGGCCAGCCUGGCUCUGGGUUCCCGAGUGGGGAGCCGCGUUGCAGAUGUGGGGGACCCACAAACUGCCCCCUACAGAGGGGACCCUCUCUGGCGUGCCUGCAGAGAGGAGGGGCUCCCCCUUCCCUCCUCUCUGCUCCCCAGAUGUUGAGCUGGAGUGACUUGGUUGUAACUCGGUUGUAACUCUAAUCAUGUUUGCUGUGCUUUGCGUGAAAAGCCAAGCACAUGAAAGGAAAAGCUGCUAUAAAGGAUAAUCUCUGGAUUAUGUUUGUGCCAAUUCCCAAUCUGAGAAAAACUUUUUUACACCUCGAUUUCUAAAAAAGUCCUGACAACAGUGUCAUAAUGGGACGUUACUGUUAGUGUUGGUUGAGUGUUUACACAUAGUUGCAACCCGGGCUGGAGCCUUUUCUGCCAUUUGUUUCCUCUCUCUCUGGGAUGAUACUGAGGGAUAAACACUGCUGGCAACAUAGUUUAGCUGCAUUUGUUUUUAUGUUAAACCAGCUAUUUCCUGUGUUAGAAAACUAUAGGAAGAACAUCGCCAUCACAGCCUUUCAUUUCUGGUGCAAAAGAUGGCUUAAGGAAGACGUGGCACUGUGUGGUCCCAGGAAUUUCAACCACAAAUGAUUUAACAGACACCAGACUUAAAGUAACAAAUGUGUGCCACAUGUUUGUAUUUGGAAUACAUAAAAAAAAAAAAAAAAGCAAGUUACCUUUUUAAACUGUGGCAUACUAUAGCAGAUAUGAAAUGUUGAUAUGUUCUUUAGUUGAAAAAGGCAAUGGUUUCUGUCUAAAAAAGACAUAAUUUUAUUACCUUUUUUUAUCAGAGAUUUUAAAUUAUAACAAAAAUGAACUGAAGCUGUUCAGACUGCAACCGAUUGACAUGACCACGUAUGCCACUAGAGUUGGGGGAAAUAUUUUGUCCUUCAGCUGCUCUUUAAUUAACUGCAUGUCGAGGAAGAUUAACCUAAACCAAAUGUAAAUUCCUUGAAACUUGUCUGCAGACAGCUUAAGUGUUUCACUGUAUGUUCAGUAUCCUGUGGCAAGAAGCUUUUCCAACUUAGUGUAAGACCAUCAAAGGAGGACAUGGAAAAUAGGAAUGCACUACACAUGUUGAUUAUAUUGUACACUAGCAUGAUGUUAUUUCCCUAUCUUUUGACUGAGAGACUCCUUUAUUUAUUUUGAUCUAAUGAUUGCUGUAAUCAGUAAGUCCUUGUUAAUUGCAGUACAUGCUGACGGCGUACGCUGUCACUGGGAUUCUGAACCACCUGAGAGCACUGUUUGUGGAGCAGCAUCCCAACGAGGCAAAACCACACAAAGCUUCCUCCUGCCUUUGGAAAGUUGGAGCACACUUUUUGUCAUGUUACUCAGAACUGGAAAAGUGUAAACCGUCUACGCAGACAGACUAUGUUGAAAACGGCACAUGCAUUUAUUUUAUACAUUUUAUCAUUUUAUAUAUAUAAAAAACUCCCAAACAAUAGGCAAGGCAAAUGUUUUAGCUUUAUGGUAAGUCACUGAGGAACCUUUUCUGAAAAAAAAAAAAAAAAAAAAGAAAAAAGAAGAACCAGUGUUUUUGCUAUUGGUAAUGCAGCCUGGAACUGUCAUGGACUGUGGAAGGGACUUGUUUAUACUCAAAGCUCUAGUAUAGAUUCAUAUUUUAGAAAGAUAUAGGGACCUUACAUCAAAGAAAGCAGAUCUUUUUAUGUUUUAUUAAGAUGUUUUUGUUAAACAGGACAUUAGCUUUCUUAUACAUUAUUGCUAGUUCCAAAGGAAGGCAGCAGGCUCUGUCCUAAGAGACACCGUCUUCACAAAAGAGAAUAGUGAAGUUUAUAGAUACUUCUUUCCUUUACUUUCACGUUUUGUUGCUUUGUUUUGAUUUUUUUUUCUUGUCUCAAUCUGUCUUGCACAGGAUUUUCAUGCAGCUGAUCUGUUUAGCCACUGUAGAAAACAGUGGUCCAGUCCUAAAAGUUUUAGCCAAGUGAGCCUAUUCCCUAGUGAGCUAAUUAAAGCAUCAGCCAGGUAGGAGCUGUAGGCCUGCAGAGUGUGAUGCUUAUCUUAGCCUCAGUACAGGUCAGUGCAGUGGAAUUUAAUACCACAGAUGGCAUAUUCAUUAGCAAUUCACAAAGAAAUAAUUUUUUUUUCACUGAAUGAUGGACUUAAUUCUCAGACUAGAAUCCUUGGAAAUGUUGACUCUAAAUUAAAUUACAACACUGUAGCUUGAACAGGAAAGAAAAAUUAUGUGUUUGCCUUCAACAUCAUUUUUAUGUUAACUGUAGAAAGUAUUUCAGGCUGUGUAGUGAAACACUUAGGUGCAUACUUAAACUAAAGGCAUAAGUGCUAGGCCAGAUUUUAAAUUAGUAGAGUCACCAGGAACACACAAGGAAAUGUCUGUUUUGUCUUACAAUAUAAUACGAUUUCAUAAUUCAGAAUAUUGUGUAGUAUAGUUCUUAUACUACAGCAUAGUGAGGAAUCAAGCCAGCUUUUGCAUUCCUAUUAAUUAAACAUUAAUUAAGCAUUUUCAUUCCUGCUAAUGCAUGAAAAUGCUUCUAAAUGAAUUUUGUGAAGUCUUCAUGAGUUAAGCUGUAAAAAUAUGCCACAGACUUUGCGGAAAGAAUGAAAAGUAUCCUUUCUUCCAGUAUUCGUUGCUGUACACCAUGAAGAAAUACAUUUGGAAAUAAUCUUUAGAGUAAUAAGCAUUCUACAAACCUGCAGUGGUUUGUAAUUUUGCUGGAUCCUAUUGUUAAGAAAGAUUGAAUCAAGUGCUUACCCGCUUUCACUGUUUACACAGUGUAAAUGAGGGCAGGGUCUGGUCUUCAUUAGUAGCUGCCUGUCAAACCUGCUUCCUUUGUACACUCUCUGCAUAAUCACAGCCUGAUGAUUGACAACAGAGGCAUGUUUCUAGCCAGAUUUCCUACUCUGUGGCCUCCGUUUCCUCCCUGGUAAGCCUGAGGCAAGUUUGCUGAGAGUUGUUUUUUCCCCCAAUUGUAUCUUCAGCGUAUCCCAAAAAAAAAAAAAAAAAACACCAAACUUGGCUACUAAAACUAGAAUUCAGGUGGACUUCAGGCAUUUGAAGACCAAAAUUGUCAUCUCAGAACCCUGAUUUGCUAAACUGAGCAACCAGCACGCCGAGCAACCUUUUGCCGUGCGGAGGUGCUGAGCAGUUCCCCGCCACCCGUUCAGAACUGCUCGCCUCUGAGCAGCUGCGCACCCACCCAGCUACCGCCUCAGCGCCUUUGCAGCUAGAUGAUGUGACAACCAGAAGCCAGUGAUGUAACAUGGUUUUAUGGUACAAACUAAAGGGCCGUGCCACUCUCAAAUUGUGUUUGCGUUAAGUUUUGCUUUUAAAACAAAGCUCUUUUAUCCAAUAGCCUGAAGGCUGCUGUAUUUGGGAACACGGAGAUCUGUGUUUGCUUUCUUAGCCUGCAAGGAUUCAACCCACAUCUCCCACUGCCUGACUGGCGAUGGAUUGAAGGACCCUUUGGAGCUAAUCCCUGAUCUCUAAAUAUUUGUGCAUUUUGUAUUAUACAUUAAUUGGCUAAAAAUCUCAGAAAUUAUCUAGGCAGGUGAAUUCAAACCUUCGUCCUCAGUGAGUGAUCUGAGACUAACUGGAGAGACAUAGUCUUCUCUGCUGUCUUUCUUCUCCGUGAACCUCACGGUCCCCUUCUCCCACUUUUAAGAGGACAUGCAGGAGAUAAUUUUUCUGAUUCCUCCUCCCUAUAGUACUCCUGUUUUCAGUAUCAUCUGCUAGAGGAUGUAGGCUUGAAUUCCCUUGAGCUGAGUAAGGACUGAACUCGGGCCUCCCAUUUCAUGUGUAUGUGUUCUCAAAUCUAGAUGACUAGAAGAGUAUUGGGACCACCUCCUGCGGCUCUUUUUGAGGGAUGAACCUCAUGCAAAUCCACCAAAAGCAUACGUAGGCUCUUGCACACCGAGUCCUGGGGAGAUUCUGGGCUCCAGCUCCUGGAUGGGUAAUUCAGGACACAUUUAGUACAUGUUGGUGCAAGUUUUCUUCUGUGGGAAGGUCUCCUGGAUAGGCUCUGUAUUGUAGGUUGCCAGUCUGAGGUGAGGGACUCCAUGCACUAUACUGGGAGGCCGAGCAGGUAAUUUGAAUUCUUCUCAGGGGUGAUGCCUUGGUAGAGAGACAUUGCAGUGCCUAACGUGGAAAUGUCUAAAGCCUUCAUUGCAUCUGAAACUAAACCCGUGCUUCAAUAAAGCAACAAGCCUUCUAAGCAAAUGCUGAUAACAGAUGGGUCUUUAUUAUUUCCAUCUAUUAACUGGUUCCGUAAAAAGAAAUCUUAAUUACGGCAAAGGCAUGUGUACAAAUACUGUUUACACUUGGAAACUAAGUCAAAGGAAUAAUUGGCAAAAGAAUAACCCUAUUUGAUCAAAGCAGGCACUGUUAAGCAACACGGGAAGGAUGCUAAUCAUACCCUAUUAAUGAAUAAAAUUGUGCAGUAGCUGAUGUAAAUUCUGUCCACAAAAAAAAAUUCCUUUGUAAAUAAGUACCUGGUAAAAUUUAAAGUGAUAAAAGAAUAAAUUAUUCACUUGAAA